GUUCAAAACUUGAUAAAAUGUUUUAAUGCCACCCAGAAUGAAUCUUGUUUCUGGCUCUAUCGCCGCGAAGCUCUGUGCAGCAAACCAGUUCAUAAUCCAUAGACCCCUGCAAACCAAAAUUAUACUGGAGAUUUAAAUGUACAGCAAGGCACAAAGAUGAGCUCAUUGCUCCUACAACCCACAAUUACACUGCAAAAAUCUCCCCAAAAUUCCCCUGCAAUCCUUCACAAUCUCUCCCAGAGAACCCACAUUCCUUCUCAUGUCUACAAGCACCCGACAGCUGUCCUGCUCGAGCUCUGCACUUCAUUGACAGAGCUCCGCCAAAUCCUCCCUCUCAUCAUCAAGAACGGCCUGUACAAUGAAUUUCUUUUCCAAACCAAGCUUAUCAGCUUGUUCUGCAACUACGGUAGCUUAACCGAUGCUAUUCGUGUUUUUGAGCCCGUUGAAGAUAAGCUCGAUGUGUUUUAUCACACUAUUCUUAAAGGGUAUGCUAAAGUUUCAUCUUUAGACGACGCUGUCAAGUUUUUUUCUCGAAUGAGAUACGAUAACGUGAGGCCCGUCGUAUAUAACUUUACGUACUUGUUGAAAGUUUGUGGCGAUAAAGCAGAUCUUAGGAGGGGAAAGGAGAUUCAUGGUCAGUUGAUAACUAGUGGAUUCAGUUGCGAGUUGUUCGGCAUGACUGCGGUUGUAAAUUUGUAUGCAAAAUGUAGGCAGGUUGGCGAAGCACAUAAGAUGUUCGACAGAAUGACUCACAGAGACUUAGUUUCUUGGAAUACCAUUGUCGCUGGUUAUGCGCAGAAUGGAUUAGCAAGGAUUGCACUGGCGUUGCUUAUGCGGAUGCAUGAGGAGGGUCAGAAGCCUGAUUCUAUCACUGUUGUGUCCAUUUUGCCUGCUGCAGCAGUUGUAGGAUCUUUAAGAAUUGGCAAGGCAAUUCAUGGCUAUGUUCUGCGAAAUGGGUACCAGUCUUUAGUAAAUAUUUCAACGGCUCUGGUUGACAUGUAUUCGAAAUGUGGAUCUGUAGGGACUGCCAGGAUGAUUUUCAAUGGGAUGAAGCAAAGGACAGUUGUUUCCUGGAAUUCUAUGAUUGAUGGUUAUGUACAAAGUGAAGAUCCUGAGGAAGCAAUGUCAAUUUUUAAGAAGAUGUUGGAUGAAGGAGUGGAACCUACAGAUGUCACUAUAAUGGGCAUUUUACAUGCAUGUGCUGAUUUGGGUGAUCUUCAGAUGGGAAAGUUCAUGCACAAAUUAAUAGAUCAAGGGAAACUUGGCUCAAAUGUUUCGGUGUUGAACUCUUUGAUUUCCAUGUAUUGCAAGUGUAAGAAAGUUGAUAUUGCAGCUGAUAUAUUUGAAAACUUGCAAGGUAAAACCAUUGUGUCUUGGAAUGCAAUGAUAUUGGGUUUUGCACAAAAUGGGUGUGUAAACGAGGCUUUGAGUUACUUCUGCAAGAUGCGACUGCAGAAUAUUGAACCGGACUCAUUUACAAUGGUGAGUGUGAUUCCUGCGCUAGCAGAGUUGUCUGUUACGCGUCAGGCAAAGUGGAUUCAUGGACUUGUGGUGAGAAAUUGUUUCGACAAGAACAUUUUUGUGUUGACUGCUCUUGUUGAUAUGUAUGCCAAAUGUGGGGAUGUUUGCACUGCAAGAAAGAUCUUUGAUAUGAUGGAUGAAAGGCAUGUCACGACAUGGAAUGUUAUGAUAGAUGGAUAUGGAACACACGGUCUUGGAAAAGCUGCUGUAGAACUGUUUGAAGAUAUGCAGAAAGGGAUAUCCAAACCUAAUGAUGUAACAUUUCUUUGUAUGCUAUCUGCUUGCAGCCACUCUGGUUUGGUGGAAGAGGGGCUCAGUUAUUUCAGCACUAUGAAGAAGGAUUAUGGCAUAGAGCCUUCCAUGGAUCACUAUGGAGCCAUGGUUGACCUUCUUGGUCGAGCUGGCAAGCUUGAUGAUGCAUGGGACUUCAUUCAGAAGAUGCCAAUUCAACCGGCAAUCAAUGUAUAUGGUGCCAUGUUGGGUGCAUGCAGAAUUCAUAAAAAUGUCGAGUUAGGAGAGAAGGCAGCAAACAAACUUUUCGAGUUGAACCCAGAUGAAGGGGGUUACCAUGUAUUGCUUGCAAAUAUAUAUGCAAUGGCUUCAAAAUGGGACAAGUUCGCCAAAGUAAGGACAUUGAUGGAGAGAAAAGGGCUGCAAAAAACUCCUGGAUGCAGUUUAGUGGAGUUGAGGAGUGAAGUUCACACUUUCUACUCUGGAAGCACAAGUCACCCUCAAUCCAAAAAGAUCUAUGCUUUUCUUGAGAAUCUCUUAGAUGACGUCAAGACUGCUGGUUACAUGCCUGACACAGAUUCAAUUCAUGAUGUGGAAGACGAUGUUAAGCAGCAGCUGCUCAGUAGCCAUAGCGAGAAGCUGGCCAUUGCGUUUGCACUGUUGAAUACAAAUCCUGGUACAACCAUACAUAUUAGAAAGAACCUAAGAGUUUGUGGUGAUUGUCAUAAUGCAACCAAGUAUAUUUCGCUUGUGACUGGACGGGAAAUAAUUGUUCGAGACAUGCACCGGUUCCAUCAUUUCAAGAAUGGGGCAUGUUCUUGUGGAGAUUACUGGUGAAGCUGGAAUCUUGAUUCUUGGGAGUUGUCUACCAGCUUCCAUCCCAGGUUUAUGAGUUUUCAUUCUAUUCUUAAUCAAUUACCAAGUUAUAGUUUUUAUAUUAGAGCUUUAAUAUGCAUAGCAGGACAUAUUUGAUGUGUUUAAGUUACUCUAGUUUUUACUUUGAAAUUUUUGAUGGUGGGAACUCAUGUUACUCUUCGAGAAGUGGAAAUUGAAUUUCUCGAUCAAAAAUUUCAAGGUGAAAAUAAUGGUAAUUCAAACACAAAAAAUUAGGUUCCAGUUAUGUAUAUUAAAACUAAUAUAGAGUUAGAAUAAGAAUUCAUCAUGAAGAAUUAAAUUAAAAAUGAGCCACACCAUACCUAUGUAUAAACAGAUCAGGUUUCUGAAUUCUGAUUUGGUUAUCCUUCAAAGUCGUGUAACAUGAUGAUGAAAAGUUAUCACACUCCCGGCCUUCGCCUAUCUUUGAACUUUUAAAUGACACAAUAGGCUGAGAGAAAGUAGGAAACUACUGUAACAUUACACGAUGUAUAUUUAUACAAAUUUUUUACGUUGACCCACAUGCAUGUACAUAUUCUUUGGAAUAAAAAAUUUUUUUCCACGA